AUGUCUUCAAGUACCUCUGUAUUGGAAAUAUUUCUUCCAGUCUUGAUUUCGGUGGGCCAAUUUUCCUCUAGGCCCUUAGAGGGAGUUACUGGUGUUGUGCAUUAUCUGGCUCUUCACCGCCAAGAAGCAGCCGUCGAAGCUCGUGCGGCUGACCAAAAAGGCUGGAAAGUACUUAGACCUAGGAGAAAGGGAGAGAAGGUUUCUGCAACUUGGGGGACGCACAAAUUUCCUAAAACUUUGGGGGAGCGUCCAGAGAUUGAGAAAGCCGGGACUUUAAUGUCUCCACCCCCUAGGGGGGUUUGGGGUUUUUGGGGCCCCCUGGUUUUAUGGUUUCCCCGUCUAACUCUAAUGACUUAUCAAAACCCUCAGGACCCCCGGAAGGCGAAUGCAACACGCAAAUUUUUGAAAGAAAGGAAAAUAGACAUUAUCCCUGGGCCCGCUUUGGGGACCUCUGCAGCUAGACCCGGGGGUUUUUUGUGUGGCCCCAAAUUUGUGAUCGACCACCAGAGGUUGUCAGGUCUCGGUUAUUGCUUUUCGGCUUCUCUGCCACCAAUGUUGGCAGCCACUUCCAUCAAGGUUUGUCUGCCCUUUGUGCUUUUGGCGGCACCUAAUGGGGUUGGGUCUUGUGGGCCCCGUGGCUUCUAUGGUACCACGAAGGUCCAUCUUGAGCUUGAAGAAAGACUGGCAGAGUACUUCAACUGUGAAAUGGCAGUCCUCUACUCAUAUGGCUUCUCAACGAGUGCAUCUGCUAUCCCUGCUUAUUCGAAGAGUGGUGACAUUAUAUAUGCGGAUGAGAUGGUGAACUUCAUUCUUCAGAGGGGCUUACAGGCCAGCAGGAGUCGCGUUGUAUACUUCCGCCACAACGACGUAAAUCACCUUGAGGAACUUCUUGAAGAGCAGGUCAAGCAAGAUAAAAAGGAUCCCAGGAAGGCGAAUGCAACACGCAAAUUUCUGGUAGUGGAAGGCAUUUACAUGAACUCAGGCCUAAUGUGUCCCCUUCCUGAACUGGUGAAACUGCGGCAGAAGUACAAGCUGCGCCUCUUUAUUGAUGAGUCGAUCACCUUUGGAACCCUGGGGAAGAAUUGCCGUGGAAUCACCGACCACUUUGAUGUUCCAAUGAAGGAAGUAGACAUGAUCAUGGCCAGCUUGGAGACCUCUGCAGCUAGCACCGGAGGUUUCUGUGUGGGACCAAAUUGUGAUCGACCACCAGAGCAUUACCACAUGAAUGAAGAUUUGCAUACCCUUCCCUUGUUGCUCUUCUUCCAACAACAGGUUGUUGACAUCCUGGAGAAAGAGGGGGGUGACCUUGUUGCAGAGUUGCAAGACAAGUGUCGGCUGAUGCACAACAAACUCAAGGACCUUCCCUCAAAGGUGACAGUCACUGGAGAAGACAUCAGCCCAGUCAAACACCUUCGGCUGGCUGAGACCAGUGAAAGGGAGGUGGAAGAACAGAUUCUCAGAGACAUUGCAGAGAAGGCCGAGAACUAUGGUGUUGCACUGACAGUGUCCUCUUACCUGUGGGACAAGGAGGCCAAUCCCCCCAAACCUUCCAUCCGUAUCACAGUGAACAAGGACCUCACAGAGGAGGAGGUGGAUAAGGCCUUGGAUGCCAUAACGAAGGCAGUGAAUGACAUCCUUGGGUAGAUUGUGCAUGAGAAAUAGGCAGUGUUUUCUUUUUCUUCUCCCCUUUUUGUUAUUGUUGUUUUUGUCAUUGUUUGAUCAUUUGUAUCCCAAAAUAGAGUGUUUUAUGUUAGGCUUGGAUGCUGCUGUGUGUUGACUGUGGAAGAGGAAGAGUGAUGUUGGCUCAGAGGAUUGUUUAAACGGCUGAGGAUUUCCAAAAUGAGAUUGACUUUUCCUCUUUGAUUUUGUUUGAGCACAGACAAGGAGAGAUUACCAGAAGGAAGCAUGCUAAGAUUCACCAGAAAGUCAUGCUGUUGUUAUGUAUUUUGAUAAUAUUGAAGGGUUAUGGAACGUUCAGGAAAUAUGCUAGAAUUUGUAACUUUUCCGAUUUGAAAAGAUGUUCCUAUUGAGAGCAAGAAGAGAUAGAUGAUGUUUAACAAACUACUUUAAAUAGAUGGAAAGAAGUGUAUAACUCCUUGUGAGUGGAAUUCACUUGCACAAAAGAGACUUGUGAUUUAUGAUGUGAAGUAAUUGGAUUGACUGGUACAUUUGGAGUUGUUAUCUCUUACAGUGAGAGCUUGAUUCUUGGAAAAGACACAGUAACCAAAGUCUAGUAUUAUAUGUUUUAAGGUUGCAGUAUUUGUGCAAUAACACAUUUGUCAAGAAUUAUAUAUUGUUGCUACUUUUUUUUCUUAUCUUUUGCCAUUAAAUAUGAUCUUAUUUCUUUGCAAUAUUCAUCAGUUUAUGAAUAUAAACCAAGCUGAAUAGAGGACACAAUAGAUUAUGUGUAAUUAGUUCUGGUUGACUUGAAUGUCUUUUUUUUUUUUAAGUGAUCAUUGAACGUGGAACAUAACAAGGUAAACGCCAAAGAAUUCUCUAGCAGGAUAUAUGUAUCGUACAUUACUCCUUUCAUGAUAAAAUAAACUUAUAAAGACUAGUGGCUGUGCUAUUACCUAUUGGUAGCUUAUUUGUGACAUUUACAUAGACACAUACAAAAGUUAAGUGUUAAAUAAUGUCAGUAAUAUAUAUAGCUUGCUUAUAUAAUUGUAUAUUAAACCUAUUUGUGAGACUCACUUUAUAGGUUAUUUUGAGGUCUGCCUAAUUUACACAUACUGUAUGCAAGUUUUGCUUCAUCUUUAACAAAUAGAAUUAGUGAUAUUAGAAGCAAAAGAUUACUUGAGGUAUGGCUUUUCAUUUCUAACUGUAACAAGUUUUGCCCUUUAUUUUACAAAUAUUGUUAAUGGUACUUUAAAUUACAAGAUACUGUAUUUUUCCACUCAUCUGCAAGCCAGUUAAGCCAGUCAAAACAGUGGCUGAGUUGAGUACCUGCAUCUGAGAUUGAUUAGGAUUUUAUUAAUUGUAUUGAAAGAAAAGUGUAUUUGUUUUUGUUUCAAUUUUGGAGAUGCAUUCAAAGUUUCAACAUUCCUUGCUUUGGCAUUUGUAUAAGGGUCAUUGCCUUAUUAAUUUUAUGUAAUUUGUUCCCAUGUUACUCAGCUUAUGAUAUGGUCAUUUAGUUUGUAAGAUAUGAUGACUAGUGGACUUGAAAUUCAGCCAGAAAGAAUGGAGUUUAUUAAUAUCAUUACGUUUAAUAAAAUUAUUUUUUCAUCACUAAUUCUCUCAUCAUCUGCAAUUCAGUUUAGUAGUUUCAACACCUCUGAUAGAUAUUCAGUUCACUUAGCAGGAAAAUUAAUUUGGUUUGUGAAAUUUAAUAGGCCUGAUCAUUUGCAUGUUGAUGUCAUUUGUGCACUGUGUUUCCACCUUCACUUGUAGAACUUUGCACAACUAUAUAAGAGGCAAAUUAAUAUCUGUCACUUUAGGCCUUUCUUUGAUAUUUAUGCACGUCAAUAUUCAACAUAUCACAGGAAUGAAUUUUAUGCAUAGAGAGGUUCCAGUUUACUAAAAAGCAGUAAAAUAUGAAGUAAAUGUUAUUAUUUUUUCACUCCUAAUAGACUAGGUCUUUCCACUAAGGAAUUUUAUUUAUACACAGGCAUGCAUAUCGAUAAUGAGAGCACAUUUUCCUUCCAUAGUUUAAGGAGGAAUAUAGAGAGAAGUGAUAUCUGUGUAUGGAAGUUUGAAGUUAUAUCUGAAUGUGCCAUUUUGACUCUCAAGUGUUAGUCUUUUUCAUAUUCUGUUUAAAAAUUAUGAAAAGGAGUGAACGUUCAUGAGUAGGUGAACAGACAUUGUUUUUCAUGAGCAAAGUAUACAUUGUCAAAGGAAGACAGUGUGUUUGCUUGCAUCAGAUUUAUCAAUAUUAGAUUAGGAGGACACCUUUCUUUGUUUUCUUUUUUCUUUUCUUUUUCUUUUUUGUAAUUUUUUUUUAGUAUUUCAUAUUUUUUCUUUUCUAAAUUCUAUUUUUUUUUUUUUUUUUUUUUUUUUCUUUUUCAACCAUGGAAUCAUUGUACCUGAGUAAUGGUUCAAGGUUAAUGUAUUUAUCUGGCAUUUAUCUCAUUGAGUCACAAUACUCAAACACAUUCGACUUAGUUCUCAAGUUAUUUCACAGCUGUACAUUCUGAGCCUGUUUAAAAUUGAACACAUUCAACGGUACUGAUAAAAACUUUUUUGUUUUAUUAGUUAUAUAUUUAAGAGAAGAAGUGGUCUUAUUAUAUAUAUAGCGUCCAGUAUUUUACAGAAAUGACAAAGCCAAGAGGAUUCCCACUUCUGAAAAGGAAAUUGAAAUCGGUCUUGUUGUUAUCAUCUUUAUUAUUAGUGGUGCCUUCUUAGAUAAUCUGAGGAAUAUCAGGGUAUUUUGCCAAGUAUGAAAGUAGGAAUGUAAACUAAUAUGCUUAUGAAAAAAAAGGUUAUCUAGUUAUGGAAUUCUAAUACUGAAAGCUAGUGCCUAUGUACAAGAAGUAUACAUUGUCUUUUAUGUAUUUAUAUAAAUGUAUUUUAAUUAAAGGAAAUCAUUAAUCAUAUAAUUCUUAAACAUUCUCUUAAUGAGCGUUUUGAAAAUUGUAUGGUAAUAUUAGGUUGUAAGCUUGGCAUUUACAUUUACAUGAUCUGAUAUGACAAAUCUUAUGUGUAAUUAUUGACUGAUUAGAUCUUGUUUCAUAGCAGGAUGUGUAUUAUGAAUCCAAUUGCUAGUUUAUUACACAAGUCUUAUAGAUUUCUCUUUUCUUGGGUACAAUAUGUAAUCAUAACUGAAGUGUUUAGAACUAAAAGGGCGAAUCCACCCAGAGUUUGUUUUAUGUAAACUGUAAAGUUUGAUUACCAGUAAAAUACUUAGCAUGUG